AUGCCUUCAGGGGUGCCUUGGGGUCCUUACUUGAGGUUCUUUACGGCAGCAAUGCUGACAGCAUUCGCUGGGGCUCAGACAGUGCACCUAUACUACAGACCCCUCGACGAUCUCGAGAAACUUGUCGACGAGGAGGUGAAGAAGAGGAAAGAAGCACAAAAUAGUUGACAUCCUCACGACGUAGUCAAUUUUGUAAAGUGUUAAUAAAUGUUGUUUCAUUUAAUAUCUUUA